CAUAGAGUUGCCGUUCUUGUCUAGACAGGUGGCACACCUGUGACGUCAUGAAUAUUUGCUGCAACGGCGUGACGGAAUAACCAUGGUUGACACAAAACUGUAUGAUGUUCUUGGUGUUAAAAAACAUGCCUCUGACGGUGAAAUCAAGAAGGCAUAUUACAAGUUAGCAAAAGAAUUCCACCCAGAUAAAAAUCCUGAAUCAGAGGAGAAGUUUAAAGAAAUAAGUUUUGCAUAUGAAGUGUUGUCUAACGCAGAAAAGAGAGAGACAUAUGACAGAUAUGGUCUUCAAGGUCUCAAAGAAGGAGCUGGUGGAGGAGGUUUCGGCGGGGCUGACCUAUUUGGGGAUUUGUUUGGAGGUAUUUUUGGGGGAAUGGGUGGCAGUCCAUUUGGAUUUGGAGGUAUGGGAGGAAUGGGUGGUGGAAGGCGAGGUCGAAGACGAGGCGAGGAUACAUACCACCCUCUGAGGGUAUCUUUAGAAGACCUAUACAAUGGAAAAACCUCCAAACUUCAGCUCAGCAAAACUAUUAUUUGCAAAAAAUGCAAUGGCUUGGGUGGUAAAGCUGGAGCAACCGUUCGGUGUCGUGUGUGUAACGGUCGAGGAGUGAAGGUAACACUUAGACAGCUGGGACCUGGGAUGGUCCAGCAGAUGCAGUCUGUUUGUCCAGAAUGUCACGGAGAAGGUGAAGCUAUCAACGAGAAAGAUAAAUGUAAGGAAUGUAAAGGGAAGAAAGUAAAUAGUGAGUCUAAAAUACUUGAAGUACAUGUUGAUAAAGGAAUGAAAGAUGGUCAGAAAAUACCAUUUAGAGGAGAGGGUGAUCAGUUGCCGGAUUUAGAACCAGGAGAUGUAAUCAUAGUUUUACAACAGAAAGAACAUGAAGUGUUUUCUAGAGACAAUGAUAAUCUAUUUAUACCACACAAACUCAGUCUUACAGAAGCAUUAUGUGGAUUUGAGUUUACUGUAAAGCAUCUUGAUGGCAGAGAAUUGAUUAUCAAACAUCCACCAGGAACUGUGAUAGAACCAGGAAAGGUAAAAGUUGUGAAAGGAGAAGGAUUUCCACACUACAGAAAUCCAUUUGAGAAAGGAGAUUUGUUAGUGAAAUUUGAUGUGAUAUUUCCCCCACAGAACUUUGCUACAACACAACAAUUAAAGAAAUUGGAGAAGAUAUUGCCAGCAAGACCAAAGUUUGAAAUGCCAGAAGGUGAACAUGUUGAAGAAGUAAACCUUAUGGAAUAUGACGACACUCGGUCCAGUGGUGGCGGUCGCCGGGAGGCAUACCACGAUGAUGAUGAUGAGGAUGAUGAUGGAAUGCCUGGUGGUCAAAGAGUACAGUGCGCGCAUCAAUGAUCAAACUUUAAUUUUAGUGAUUUUAAUGUAGAAAAAUACGUACCCUAUGAGAUCUGUUGUAAUUUGUCACAAAGAGGCUGGCUGGAGUCACCAGCAUCAGAUCUCGGCUUCUUUUAUACCACCUCCGCUGACAAGCUAUAUGACCCUUUGAGGCUGGAAUUGUUACAUGGUGGAAGCAUGUUUAAACAGAGACAGAUAUGACAGAAAAGUACAAUUAUUUGGCUGUUAAAGUACCACAAGGAAGAAAAACAUUCGUAGCUGGCCUAGUGUAUGAAAUAUAUAUAUUAUUUAUAUUGUUUAAGAAAUAUUCCCUACUGAAAUAUGAUUCUAUAUACAAAAGACAAGGUGCAAAGAGCUUGUUAUUCUGCCAGGAACGACUAUUAUACCUGUAUGGGCUAUGGAUGGGCAAGAUGUGUUUUUCCCUCGAAACAUGUUGGAUCACAGUUAUCACUGAUGUACUUCCAAAUUUUUUAAAGAGAGGUACAGAUUUAACAACUUAGAAAUUAAGUUGAAAAUGCUAAACUGAAAAGAUAAUGUUUGAAACAAUGGAAAUACAGUUGAAAUACAUGUACAAUGUAUAUUGAUUAGUGAAUUUUUCAAAAAUUAUAUAAAUGAUACCAGUUAACUCUUAUUUUGGGAUGUAAUCUCUUAAGAUUUUACACAGAUUCGUGAGAAAAAGAACUUUACAAUUGAGAUUUUACUGUUUCCCUGAACAAAUGAUGCUUGUUCAUUGAUUUCAGUUUAACUGUCAAGCAUUCUGGCAUAUAUUAUGCCCCUGUAAUAUGCAUAUGGCAUUAAAAAUAUCAUUUUCGUUUGUGUUUUGAUAUUCUUAAAGCUUUCAUGAAUAUUUUCUGUUUGUGAAGAAGGCUUUAUUUUGUCCAGUUAUUUUUCCUGUGUGCUACAAGCUGUGUAAAUUGAGCAGGAUUCUCAUUCUUUCAUCUUUGAGACCAUAAACAUUCAAAACUCUGGCUUCAAUUUUAAAUGCAUGUGAAGGGAGUAAGAAGCAUGUAUGAAUUUUAUUGUAAUAAUUAUUAAUUUUAAGGGAUAUUUUGGUGGUUUAGCAAAGUCUUAGCUAGGUGAAAUUUUCAUUUAGUAUAUUUUAUAAGAUGAAUUUUGACCUAUUGAUAUCUGCUGUAGUUGGGUUCUGUGUUUUUAUUUUAAUAUUUUCAACAGAAACAAUUAUUGAAAAGUAAUGGAGACAUAUUAUUUUCUGUAUAUUUUAAUGACAGCAGAAAGAUCUGUUACAGGUUUAUAUUAUAUUCAUACAAAAAAGAACAAACUGAGCCAGUGUUAAUUAUUUGUUUCUGAGAUCUCUUCGUGUCAUUGUAAAACUUUCAUUUGAAGCCUUGUAAAUAGGAAAGUGUAUAAAGUUUGCAUUUACCCGUCUUGUCAGUAAAAACCCCGGUAGGUUGUGUUUGAUACUGUUUCGACUCCUUUCUCAUUUAAUCCAUCAGUUCCCUCUUGUUUACAUUCAGUUGUUACAAAAUUUUUCAAUAUUUUUUAGUGAUUCCUUAAAAUUGUGACUUGUUACUUGCUACUUGCUGUCUGAAGCUGAUAUAUUUCAUAUAUACUCACCUGCUUAUCUUAGUAAACCUAGAGCAGUUUAAGUUUUUCACAGUGUACAUUUACCAAUAUUUCGAAGAAUUCUGCUUAUAAAAGUUAUAGCCUCACUGGAUAUUAUAACAAAUAUCUCAGAGCAACUUCUACUGCCAUGUGCCUUAUGGGAAACACUUGCAUUGUACCGAUCAAGUUUGAGUUAACACGUUCGUAUCAAGCUCGGUUACCAUUCUGUAUUAGUAAAACUGUCAAUUUGGGGUACAGUAGUAUACUGUAACACACUUGAUCAUUCGACAUCACAAGAGGAUAAGCAGAGGUCUCUAGUCAUCCAGGGUUUUGAGCCAGCCAAACAUAGAAAAUAUUUAAAAAUGGCCAUGGACCCCAUGAAUUACUUAGUCAGCCCUGAUGCUAGAGCCAUUGUUCUAGAACUGGAGUUUCUGUGUAUUUAAAAAGAAGGUACAUGUAGUGUUGCCUUACUGAUAAGAAUUAAAUCAUCUAUGAUUUUGUGAUAGAAGUGGGAUUUUAACUCCUUCAGUAAAGUUUUAACUUUCCAGGUAAGGUUGAAACAAAAAUUCAUUAUAGCUUUAUGUAAGGGAACUUACUUCAAACACAGUAAUCUGUGUUGAGUUUUCUAUGAAGGUACCUGCACAGUAUUAUAGUAAAAUACCAGCAAGUUCAUUAUUGUUUGUGCUAGUAGUCUUCCGAUUAACCAUCUAAGUUUAUUUUUGUUUUUAAUGAAAAUAAAGUGGUAUUGUAAAGAAAAUUUACUGGAGUGCAAUUGAAGUACAACAAAGAAAAACUAAAAUAUUUUCAGAAUCUUCAUUUUUUACUGCAAUGAAAUAAUUUAGACUUCUUCAGUUUAUUUGUCAGUUUUUCAUCAUAAGUUCAUUAUAAGAGUUGCUGAAUACCUUCUCACAAUGUUUUCUAGGAACAGUAUUAAUUUUAGUAAAUCCUGGCUGCAUACUGAAAUUGUAUUGGUUAAAUCUCCUGAAAUUCAUCUAUUGUCCUAAAUGAUAAAAAAUUAGGCUUGGAACUUCAUUUGUCAGUAGAUUCAAAAAGUUUUAAGAAAUUUUCACCAUUUGACUUAUAAUUAAUACUGUGAGGUCUUUCAUAUUUUUUGUCUUAAACUUGCAUCUUUGUUUUAUCUCGUAUCCAAAAUGAUAACACUAAAUAGAUUUACAUUGUAUUUAUUGUAAACAAAAAAUAAAUCUUGUCAACAUUUUU